GUAGUGGGGGCUGUUGUCCCCCCCUUGGUGUGGGUUGUGACCCCCCCCCCUGGGUGCCAUGGAGGGGGGGGGAGUGCUGUGGGGCUCUGCCCAUACCUAUGGGGCUGUGCCAUGGGAAUGGUGGAACUGCUGUGACCCCCCCACCCCCAGUUAUGGGGUUACCCGGCCCACGUUCCUCCCACGGGUGCUUCCCGGGGGCCGUGCCCGUGUCUUUCCCUGGCACUCGCCCAGGUUGUCCCCGUCCCACGUGGGGACGGCACCCGUGGCACCCGGCGGGUGCGGUGCCUGACUCAGGGCGGGUGGCACACGUGUGGCCACCCAGCUGCGUGACACCCGUGGCUCCGGGAUGCAGCCAGGGUGCUUUCCCUCUCCCACCCCCCCAAUCCAAGUCGACAAUCUCCUUCCCGGGGUCUCCCCCCACUCCCACCACCUCCUCGGUCCAGGGGAGGCUGAGCCCGGUGCAGCUCGGUGCAUGUGUGGCCCUGCUGCUGUGCCCGCAGGCGGCGUGAUCAGCUACGUGGGCUCCAGCGGCGCCUCUCCCACCCGCACCAGCCCCGUCUCCCUCUGCAGCGACAGCUCCAACAGCAGCUCCCAGUCGGGCUCCCAGUCCUUCCCCACCUACUUCCCCCCGUCGCCCACCGGUUCCCUCCAGGAUUCCCGAGCCUACGGCGGGGGCUCGCUGGCCCCCCGUGAGGAUGGCUCCCCUUCAUCCUCCUCCUCAUCCUCCUCCUCCUCAUCAUCAUCAUCGUACGGCUCCUCGGUGAACUACCCCGGGGUGCAGCAGGUCCCCGUGGACGAGCGGCGCCGCAGCUCGCCCAGCAAAGCCGGCAGCACCGUCACCAAGCUGAACGGGAUGGUGCUGCUCUGCAAGGUCUGCGGGGACGUCGCCUCCGGCUUCCACUACGGCGUCCACGCCUGCGAGGGCUGCAAGGGCUUCUUCCGCCGCAGCAUCCAGCAGAACAUCCAGUACAAGAAGUGCCUCAAGAACGAGAACUGCUCCAUCGUCCGCAUCAACCGCAACCGCUGCCAGCAGUGCCGCUUCAAGAAGUGCCUGCUGGUCGGCAUGUCCCGUGAUGGUGAGCUCAGCCCCCCCCGGGACCCCCCCCCAAACCUGGGACCCCGUAUCGAAUGCCCUACAUCCCCCCUGGGGAUGGGAUCCCCUCCUGGCUUCCCCAUGGCACAGAGCCCCAUGGCAUUGUAUGGUGCCCCACGGCAUUGCAUAAUGCCCCAUGGACUGGCACAGAGCCCCAUGGCAUUGCACAGUGCGCCAUGGCAUGGAGCACAGCCCAGUAUGGUGCCCCAUAGCAUUGCACGGUGCCCCAUAGACCGGCAUGGAGCCCCACAGCAUUGCACAGUGCCCCACAGUGUGGCACGGAGCCCCACAGCAUGGCCACCUUGCCCUACAACAUUGCGUAGUUCCCCAUGGCACGGAGGCCCACCGCGUGGCACGGAGCCCCAUGGCGUUGUAUGGUGCCCUGCAGCAUUGGGUAAUGCCCCACAGGUUGGCACAGAGCCCCACAGGUUGGCACAGAGCCCCACAGCAUUGCACGACACCCCAUGGCAUUGCACCAGUGCCCCACAGCGUGGGAGCUGUGGCAUGGAGCACGGCCCAGUAUGGUGCCCAACGGCCCAGUAUGGUGCCCCACGGCCCGGUAUGGUGCCCCACGGCCCGGUAUGGUGCCCCACGGCCCGGUAUGGUGCCCCACGGCCCGGUAUGGGGCCCCACGGCCCAGUAUGGUGCCCCACGGCAUCGCACGGUAGCCCACAGCAUUUCAGGAUGCCCUUUGGUGUGACACGGUGCCCCCCAGGUCCUGGCACGGUGCUGCUGACGCUGCCGCGUGUGCCGCAGGUGCUGAUGGUUCGCUUCGCCUCGCUCUUCGACGUGAAGGAGCAGACGGUGACGUUCAUGAGCCGGACGAAGUACAGCCUGGAGGAGCUGUGGGGCAUGGGCAUGGGGGACCUCCUCAGCUCCAUGUUCGAGUUCAGCGAGAAGCUCAGCGCCCUGGACCUCAGCGACGAGGAGCUGGGGCUCUUCACCGCCGUCGUCCUGGUCUCGGCAGGUGGGAGCUGA